GUUGAAGUGACAGAGCGUUCGACGGUCUUCUUUCAAUCCGAAAAUUUCCCCAGAAAUGUCAGGUCUCAGACCACUAAUCACGAUUUGCGGGACUACUGGCGUCGGAAAGUCCAAACUGGCCAUCGAGCUGGCGCUGAAACUUGCUCAAGGAACACAUGCACGAUGGAAAGGCGCGAGGAUCAUCAACGCUGACUCCAUGCAAGUAUACACUGGGAUGGACGUAAUCACGAACAAAGUCCCAGUCACAGAAAGAAUGGGAGUCGAGCACCUUCUCAUGGACUUCAAACGACCUGGGGAGCAGUACGUAGUGGGUCAAUGGGUCCAAGAUGCUAUCAAGGCGAUUGACGAGACGCAUGGUAUGGAUCAGAUUCCGAUUAUCGUCGGCGGUACAUCCUAUUGGAUCCAACACCUCAUAUUUCCCAAUCGGUUACCCACUCCAGCACAUUCUUUGUCGGAUUCCGUCGCACAGUCCGUUGCCAAUCUACCUUCCGACCUUCUUGAGCUGUUGAAUGCGCUUCCAGAGCACCCUCCAUCUGCAGCAUCUCAUCCUGAAGAUGCCAUGUUACUGCACAAGCUUCUCACCGCGCUUGACGAACCAGUUGCGCAGCGAUGGCACUGGAAGGACACGCGUAAAGUCAUAGGAAGCCUUCGUGUAAUCAAAGACACGGGAAAGACUCCGAGCGAAAUUAUUGCUGAGCAGUCUCAAACAUCAUUGAUUCCAAGGUAUCGAACUCUUUGUUUCUGGCUCUACGCUGAGCCUUCUGUCUUAAAUGAGCGUUUGGAUGCAAGGGUAGAUGAUAUGAUCAAGGCAAGGAAUGUCUUGAACUAUCAACUGCACACUAAAAUGCUCGUUCAGCAAGGGCUGUUGGAUGAAAUCAAAGAACUACGAUCGGUCGCUUCCUCCCACAUACGCAGAUCGCCCGAUGCAGUCGUCACAGAACUGUCCGACGAAUUAGCUGGGCAGCAGACUGAUUAUACUCUCGGGAUCUAUCAGUCUAUCGGAUACAAAGAGUUUCAUGAUUAUCUCGCUUCUCCAGAACCCUCCCGGAAGCUUUUUGCAUCCGCUGUGGAGCAAAUGAAGUGCGGAACAAGGCAAUAUGCGAAGCGUCAGAUACGGUGGUUAAGGAACAAGCUUCUUCCUGCUGUCUAUAGCACGAACAGCAGUGUGGAACAUGCGGCACCUCUUCUCCCAUUAUACCUUCUCGAUGCAACUGAACUCGGUGACCAGUGGACAUCCCAUGUUCUUAACCAAAGUGAAUGUAUAAUGAAAGCUUUCCUUGGCAACGAGACAAUGCCUGACUCUCUAUCGCUGUCUGAAAGGGCACGGGAGAUGCUGACGAUCGACGUCAAACCUACGAAGUAUGUCUAUCACAUUCUGGCGUCCUUGAUAUCUUACCCGACAACUUGGUAGUCCUACAGAAGUAUUGCGAGCUCGCAAGAAG